AUGGCUGGCACCUACAUAUCACAUUAUAUUAGAAGUGGAUUGGUAUUGUGGAUUGGCAAGUUAAUUGUUUCUUUACAAAACAAUACAAAUCCUGACAAGAAGGAUAAACCACAAAAGAAGACUGUCAGGAAAUAUGGAGUGGGUUUUGGACCACGAGGGUUCUAUGGCACAAUGGGUGGGUCCAGUAACGUACAUGAACGUAUAGCUAAAUUCACUGGCAGAGAAGAAGCUAUAGUUUACUCAUUUGGGUUUGCUGCCAUAGCUAGUGCCAUACCUGCUUUCUAAAAGAAAACAGACAUCAUCUUUUGGUGCUGGAUACUGCUUAGUGCAUCACUUCCACCAUUGCUUACUACAGCUGCAAUAGAGGCACUCGAUACUAUGGACAAGUCACCUGAGAUAUUUGAAAAACUCAGAGAGAAUGCUAAGACAUUAAGAACCUUUUAA